GUUGUAGCAUCCGUGAAACAUUACUGCUUUUGGUGUAUAUUUACUUAUAUUCUUAAUUAGAAAUCAUAAUCAAAAGAUCAAUUUGUUAAUAUAAGAAUUUGAUGAAAAUAUACAGAAGAAUAGUGUAAAAAUACGAUCGUUUAGCGUUAAUUUCGAUGAAAGCAUCAUCAGGAUGAAUACCUAACCUCGUUUUUUCUGUACCAUCGGGUAUUCUCGAGCAACCAUGUAAAUCAUCGAAAACAUUCCAAUGUAUCAUUCAAAUCGAGCUUAUCACGCGGAAAGUACAUCCACAUUCUUUUCUGCCGAGUGUGGGAGUUUUUCAAACUUUCCCCUUCGAAUUAACCUCGAUGAAGGUUCUCGCGAGAGCGAGUCGUUGCAUAUACGAAGACUCAUAAUACCGAUACUCGGAAAUAAAUCUUCCACCGAUUCCACGUUACGAUGACGGAGAAAUCCAGGAAGAUAGUAACAAGAUUUCACCCGACCCACGGGGAAAACAUUGUGCUACGCGAAGACAGUACCGUGGCAUACCGUACAGCUAGCUUUGCUAACUCCCUGGCCUUCAGCGAGAAGCCGCUACAACCAGGUGAGAUAUUCCUGGUGGAAAUUGAAAAGACUGAAAGAGGAUGGAGCGGACACAUGCGACUAGGGCUUACCCUACUCGAUCCAGCUUCAGUGAGCAACAGUCUGCCACAAUUUGCUAUGCCUAAUCUUGUCAGACUGGGAAAUACAUGGAUAUUUGCUAUUACUAAAAGUCACACUAUAUGGGAUAGCUUCGAAGGAUACGGUGAAGGAAUACCAUCCGGAGAAAAGAAACUAAUCACAGAUGGGGUCAAUGUGCAAACUUCUCGUGGAGUUAUACCAUUCAACGCUCUUAGACCAAAUAUAAUUGAUCCUUCUCAGUAUAUUUUACCUACCGAUGCUGGUAGUCGUAUUGGAAUUAUGUACGUGCCACAGGCUGGCUCGGACAAGGCUGAGAUGCACUUCAUAAUCAACGGUGAAGAUCAAGGGGUGUGUGGAAAGGAUAUACCUUACAAGGCAGGACCUUUACGAGCAGUAGUAGAUGUAUAUGGUACUACAAAACAAGUCAGAAUAGUUCAGCUAUACGGUGCAGUAUCUACCCUACAAAGUGCCUGCCGCGAUGCUAUAUUACAGUAUACAAAAAGGAACGCAGUCGAUUCGCUUCCACUUCCACGGGUUCUAAAAGAUUAUUUACUGUACCAAUCACAGUAAAUUCUAUAUCAUUCCACUUUAUCCAAUGACUGUAUCUCAAAUCAUGUUCGAAUAGCAAUUUCGAUGCUCAUAUAAUAUUUUUACAGUUAAACUUUUCUACAACUACGUUUAUUGCUUGAAUUACGCUUUCAUUUAUUCUAAUUAACGAAGGAUAAUCGUUCGAACGAAUGGAAAAAUUCUAUCUCCGUACCUUUCCAUUAAGCGGUUUCUUCGUUUGUAUAAUUUACUGUAUAUGUAGUAUAAUGUCAUUCGCGUGAAUGCCAAAUUUUAAAUUGUACAUAAUGUAAGAAGUUGUUGACAGAGCACCGGAUAAGUUCUCUGAUAAGUCGAGGAACGCUGAUCACUCUCAUUAACAUUUUUAAUUAACAUUUAUUAGCAGCUACGCUAUAUCAUAAUAUAGUACACGAUUUCACUGAAAUUUCACACAUUUCAUGUAACAUCUGAUCUAACGCAAAAUUAUACAUGUAACAUUCGUUCUAAACUCGAUACGACUUACAUACUUGUAUUUACCGAAAGUGAUGUAAAAUUACAUUGGGUCGCACUGUUAACACACGCAACAAUGGGUCGAAUUGACGUAGUCAAUUGAAUCCGAAAUGUUUUUCAGAAUAAAUGUAUUUAUAGAAAAAUCA